AUUCGAUUUUAUUUUGAAGAAGCAUAAAUAAAAAUAAAAUCAAUAAUUAAAAACGGUACGGUAACGCGGAUACCGCCCAGAUAAGGAAAGCAGGUGGGGUGGGAAAUUCUAAUCCCUCACGGCCCUCCACAUAUUAAAAUCCAGCUCGUCCCAUUCUCCAUCAAUUCUCUCCUCAUUCAUACUCUGUGUCUAUCCGUCUCUGUCUGUGUCUUAUUUCUAUCGUCUGUCCGGUCUCUGUCGCGAGAUCAUUGCUAUCGCUGCUACCGUUCUGUUUGCUUGCUAGAUACUCUCACAUCGUCAUCAUGGCUGAUUCUACCGUGGUUUCCAACACCGAGAAUCUUCUCAAAUACCUCAGUCUCGACCAGAAGGGUCGAGUCCUCGCCGAGUACGUCUGGAUUGACGCCGAGGGCGGCGUCCGCUCAAAGACCAAGACUCUCCCAAAGGCUGUCUCCUCAGUGGACGAGCUCCCUGAGUGGAACUUUGACGGUUCCUCCACCGGUCAGGCCCCCGGUGACAACUCCGACGUCUACAUCCGCCCUGUCGCCAUCUUCCCUGAUCCCUUCCGCCAGGGUGACAACAUCCUCGUCCUCUGUGAGACCUGGGACUCAGAUGGAUCCCCCAACAAGUUCAACCACCGCCACGAGGCCGCCAAGUUGAUGGAGACCCACGCCAGCCAGCACUUCUGGUUUGGUCUCGAGCAGGAAUACACUCUUUUGGGACAAGACGGAUGGCCCUACGGCUGGCCCAAGGGCGGUUUCCCCGGUCCCCAGGGCCCUUACUACUGCGGUGUCGGUACCGGCAAGGUCUACUGCCGUGACAUCGUCGAAGCCCACUACAAAGCAUGCUUGUACUCCGGCAUCAACAUCUCUGGUAUCAACGCCGAGGUCAUGCCCGCCCAGUGGGAGUACCAGGUCGGUCCUUGCGAGGGUAUCCAGAUGGGCGACCACCUCUGGAUGUCGCGCUUCCUCCUCCACCGCGUCGCUGAGGAAUUCGGCGUCAGCAUUUCCUUCCACCCCAAGCCUAUCCCUGGUGACUGGAACGGUGCUGGUCUGCAUACCAACGUGUCCAACGACGCAACCCGUGAAGAGGGCGGUAUGAAGGCCAUUGAGGCAGCCAUGAAGAAGCUCGAGGCCCGCCACGUCGAGCAUAUUGCCGUGUACGGUGAGGGCAACGAAGAGCGUCUCACCGGCCGUCACGAGACCGGCAACAUCGACAAAUUCUCCUACGGUGUCGCUGACCGUGGCGGCUCCAUCCGUAUCCCCCGCCAGGUCGCCAAGGACGGCAAGGGUUACUUUGAGGAUCGUCGCCCAGCCUCCAACGCCGACCCAUACCAGGUGACUGGAAUUAUCGUCGAGACACUCUGCGGCGGUGCCAACUAAAACCAUAUCCAUAUACCCACCCUCCAGCGUCUGUUUUUCCCGAAGAACGACCAUACAGCAUACAGCUACACAGCGCAGAAGCCGGUCUCUUGUCAUUUCUUUCUGAUAGAUAAUUCUCAGUCGGACUCGUCUGACCCGUUUCUUGUCCUGCGGGACAUAGAUAUUCUUUCCGGCGCGGCUUGAGUAAGCCUGGAGUUGGCAUGGUGCUUACGUUUACGUUUACAGUUUUAGCAGCUGGAUUAUGACUUUUCCUUUGUUUGUAACGUCCUUAGCAUAGAGCCUGAAUGUACUGAUAUCGAAACA